AUGUGCUACUUUGGCAGCUACUUUGGUGGCCUAGGCUGUGGCUAUGGCUGUGGCUAUGGCUAUGGUGGCUAUGGUGGCUAUGGAGGCUAUGGUGGCUAUGGAGGCUAUGGUGGCUAUGGUGGCUAUGGUGGCUAUGGUGGCUAUGGUUAUGGCUGCUACCGCCCCCUGUGCUGUAGAAGAUACUGGUCCUAUGGCUUCUACUGA